AAAUAAACAACAACUACAAUAAUAAUAAGAAAAAAAUAUUUCGUAGUUUUUCUCAGACUAUUUUGAAAUUUUGUGAAAAUUCAACAAUAAAGUUAGAAAAAAAUCUUAAAAAUACAACAGCAACAGCAGCAGCAAAAAAGCAACAACAGCACACUACUACUGCAUCUAUAACGUCAACAACAAGAGCAACAACAAAUACUUUUAAAUCUAUCUUAUAUACUUUGGAUUUUUCUUUGGCGGUGCUCUUUUCUCCAAAUUUCGGUACAUGUCCUAACCGAUUAUUUGAAAAUCAUUUUUGUGUGGCGAUCACGUUUAAAAAAUCAACUAUAUAAUCACCAAUUAUUUAAAAUAUAAAUAUGGCGUUACGUUUAAGACGUGAUGUCCAAAAGGCAUCGUAUUACGUAUGGUUUUUGGGCGCUGAAGAAGCUAAAGGUUUGCGAGGACAUCGAGUCAUUAAUUCCGUGUUACCGUAUCUCAUCGAUAGAUCACGUACACAGGAGCCAAUUAAAGUAACAUUGCAAGUAUCGCAUAAAGGAAUUAAAAUUAUACAGGGCUCAUCUAAACAUUUUAUACCACACAGUGCCAUAACAAGUUCCGUACAAACGGACGAUAUAGUAGCCUGCGUUUUGCUACUUUAUAAUCCAGUCACAAAAUGUCCCCUGCAUGUGCAUGCGUAUCGCUGUGAUUCUGAAACUACCGCCGAGGCUUUGAAUCAACAGUUGCAGAUAUUGAUAAAUCGCCCUGAAAAUCAGAAGCGUUUUGAGGAUUUGGAAUCAAGAUUGGGAAUUAUACCUGGAAUGCCAUCGUUAUCAUCAUCGUCUAAUAAAACAUCGAAUCACAACGAAGAACUUAAUCAUAAGAAAGAAUCACAACAUAACUAUGAUGAUCAUCAUCACAAACAACAAGCAAGAUCGGCAAGACAUGAACCAUCAUCAAAGCGAUUUGUUUCAUCGUUAGGCAGCGAUACCGGUAAUAGUACUCGAGAAUCAGAAUGUAGUGAAGAUAUUAGUGGUAACUCACCCAUAUCACGAUCACCAUCGGGAUUAAAACCUUUGCCUUUACAACAACAGCCUUUACCCAAUCCGGAACUAUUUGAUUCAUUAGCUGCCGAAUUAAGAGCAAAACUAAAUGGAAAUGGACCACCAUUGCUACUGCCACCGCGAGAUUAUGAUACGGUGCAUAGAUCAAAGGGAAAUUUGACUGCUAUAGAAUUGAGGCGUUGUCGAAAUCAGUUGAUCGUAGGCAGCAAUAGACCGGGUUCAAAAACAGAACUAACACAAAAUUUGCCCAGUAGCAGUGGUAAACAGGUUUCUUCUAGAGGUUCAUCGGGCAUAGGUUCCGAUUUAGCACCUAGUCCUGAAAGACAAGAUAUAAAUACUUCUAGUGAUGAUGAACAUUGGAGCAAUGAGGCUGAUAACUCUGUCAUAGCCUUGAAACCUUCUCAAAUAUCUUUGGAACGCACAGCACCUAUUAAUCAACAUCAUAUGAAUCUGACACGUAAAAAUGCGGUACAUCCUCGCGACGAUAGCUAUUUGCGGGAUUUGCCUGCCAAACCCUAUACACCACGUGACAAGUUACCCUCUACCGAAAGAGAUCCCAGAUCAAAGACUCCCUCUUCUUCGUCUUGGACUAGAGAAGAUGAAAUUAAACCGAUUAUUGUUAGACCCUCGAAUUAUGACUCAAAAAUAAAUCGUGUACUGCAAAGCGAACAAUAUGCGUAUAACCAUCAUAAGCUAGAGGAAAAGAGUAGAGAACGUACUAAACUACCCGAUGUGGAGAAGACUAAUGAAAUAACUGCUUUAAUGAAGAAAAAUAUGGCUUUAAACCAUGAUGUAAGUGAUCAACGUUAUAAGUACAAAUCGAAUAAUAGUUUAGAUGACUUUGACGAUCAACAUCAUCAUGCACCACCACCACAUCAUGGUUAUCGCAAAGAAAAUCUUACCGAUAAGCAGAAAUUUAUGGAAUAUUCAACUUCAAAAACAAAGCCUACUGCACAUUCGAAAUCUUAUGCUGCCGAUGAGGUCCAAAGGUAUGGAGGUAAACAUCGUUAUGUGGACCCAGCUGAUUUGCCUUUUGAACAAAAUGUCGUUAGAGAGAAAUAUGCUGGUUUCCAUCGGGAAUCAAAUUCCCCAGAUCAAUCAGAACUUGGGCAUCGCACAGCCGAACGUGCUGGAGCCAGGUCAAGAGACGUUCGUGAACUCCGCGAUGUUCGUGACGAACGUAAUGUGGAAGCUGUUAAACAUCAUUCACGCGAUAGAGAAAGGGAACAUCUUUCUCGUAGUAAGGAACGCAAUCCUUAUCGGGAACCUGAAAGUAUUCCCUAUAUAGAAAGUAUGGAGAAAAUGAUGAAAUCUUCAGCCAUGCGUUAUAAAUCAUAUGAUAGUAAUGGUGACUUAAAUGUAGCCAGAACUAAGGAGCCUUUACAUAGCAAACUCAGUCAACGUAGCAAAGCACAUUCCCAACAUGAUGAAGAAAGAGAUUACAGUUACAAUUACCCAGCUCAUGGUAGACAAGAGCAAUACAACACCAACACUUCGAAUAAGGAACGUUUUAUAGAAACAAAAGAAAAAUUCCGGGCCAUGGAGAGAUCCGGCAGUCGUUAUGAUUUGUCAGACGAAAAAGAUGUUGUAGAUUACAAAUCACGCUCUAGAGGCCCCAUAGAAACGCCAGAACCCAAAUCACGAGCUUAUGACGAUUGGAGUGAUGAAGAACAUUUGUAUGACGAUCCACCUCCAGAAAUUAGAUCACGUUCCAGAUCUCGUGAUCAAUGGGCUGAACAUGGUAUCAGAUCGAAUGCUGUUCCCUCCAAAAUGGAAGUUCAUAGUCGCAAUACACGUCCCAGAGACAGUUCUGGCAAACGUGCCGAAUCUAGAAAUAGAAUUGACAGCAAUGAUUACAGAGAUGCACCACGUUAUCGCGAACAGCCAUCGCAUGACCAUCACAGCCGUCCAGAAGAUCAUCGCAUACGUGAUCGUGAUCAAUCCAGAGAAUACACACGACGAGACUAUUCACCCGAUAGACGUUCCGGUUCAGAGAGAGCUCAUCAUCGUGCAGAUCGUUCAAUGGAACGGCAUCGCAUCCCUGAUGAUUCAUAUCCUCCCACAUCUCUAUCGAAAGCCUCACCCUCAAGCAGUGGUAGUGGUAUAGGUGCUCCAGUACCUCAUGGAAAAGCUAUUUCCAAUAUGCCAAAAGGUUAUCGUCACAGCUACGCCGAGCCAGUUUUUUCUCGUUCAGCUGGUCGAGUAGGUUUGGCAGCGGUUAAUCCUUAUUAGAUUUAAAAUUAAAAAUCAAAUUAAGCAACUUAUAACGAAUAUAUGAAUUUAUUUUUAUUUCUACUUUAACUAUCCCAUAGAAUAUUGACGUGUGGUAAAAUAAAUAAAAUUGAAUAUAUAGUUGAUCAGAUCUUUUUAAGUCAAUAUUCUAUAAACCCUUUAUUGCAACUGUAAAAUAAAACAAAAUUACACUAAAAGUGUUGUAAAUGUUUUUAUAUAUUAUUCUAAUUGUUUUUAUUAAUAUUUAAAUAGUUUUUUGUAGUUCUUCAAACUAUUAUAAAAUUGUAAUUGUUAAUUUUACAACAAAAGCAUAAUCGGAUUAUUUUCAUUUAAAUUAAUAGAAAAUAUUUUAAUUAAUAAACAAUAUGAAAUAAUCGAAUACUAGUUUUAAAUCAUUUCUUAUUCCAAAAUUAUAUUGAUUUCAAAAUCUUAACAUUGUAACUUUUAUAGUUUUGCUUUAAAAUAUAGCAAAACAAUAAAAGUUUUGAAUUUUAUAAUUGUUAUCCGUUCUAAAGUUUAAUAACAAAAAAUGUUAUAUUUUGUAAAAUAUAUUUAUAAACAGAAACAUACAUAUAUUUAUAUAUGCAUAUAAUUAUAUGAACAUUUAUUUGUGGUUGGUUA